AUGAAAGGAAAUGUCUUGGAACUUACUGAACUUGAGUUCCGAUCCUCUUUCGAGAACAAGGCGAGGAAUGGAGAGCACCCGAGGAGGCCGGACCGGCAUCUAAGCCGCACCACCCCCUCCUCCCCACACUCAGAUAUCCAGGCCGACCCCGCACUCCGACCUGAGACCGAUAACACCCAUGACAAUUCAACCCUCGGCACAAACCCACACAGCCAGCAUGGCACGCCGCAGAGCUCCGCAUCCUCCGCCUCGGCAACAUCCCGCCCUGUCUCCGUCGUAGUGCCCCCCUACUGGCGCCGACACGAGCACAAUCCCUCUCAUGCGUCGCAGUCAUCUCUGCGUGCCGCUGCUCGCAUCACUCUGGAAGAUCAUACUGCCGACCCAAACUCGGAGACGAGUCGUGGGCUCUGGGCGAGUAGUGUUUCCAUUGAUGAUCAUGUUGUUGUGCGGGGUAUGACUGGAGUGGGGUCUUAUGUUGUUUGGAAUUGUACAGUCCAGACCCUUGAUGGUGGCCCGAUUAUUGUUCGGAUGAGAUACUCCGAGUUCGAUGACCUGCGCCAGCGUUUGGUUGAUUCUUUCCCGCACGCAAGGAGUGCAUUGCCUGCAUUGCCGCCGAAGAGUGUUAUAUAUAAAUUCCGACCAAAGUUCCUGGAAUCAAGGCGUGUGGGCCUGGAGUAUUUCCUCAACUGCGUCCUUUUAAACCCAGAGUUCUCAGGCUCUCCUAUCGUCAAAGACUUCCUUUUUGGUCGUAUUUGUUAA